AUGGAUCAGCUGCAGCGAACGAAGCCGCGCAUCACCCGACUGCUGAAGCCGAACACUAGCGGCUGGUCGGCCGCGCCACACGAGUCCGUGCCGUCGCACGUGUUUGCGCAGGCCGUGCACGAGCUGCACGUUGACGGCGAGGCUGGCUUCCGACGCGACUGGGGUCGGCUGCACGUCGGCCGAGACGAGACCGAAGCGGACGUACCGGCCGGCAGGGCUGACGUGAAGGCCGCCGCAGCAGCGGCCACCGACUACCACCUGACUCGGGUUCCCAUCACCUCGCGGCUGUACCGCGGCAAGGCCCACCCAGAAGCGUACUUCGUGGAUGGGUACCAGCGGGUGCGGGCGUUUAUCGUGAUGCAACGUCCCGUGGCGGCCACCAGAGAUGCCCUCUGGCGACUGGUCUGGGAGCAAGGAGUCCGCAUCAUCGUGCUCAUGGGACCACUGCAGGUGCGGUCGAUGUCUGAUGUUCCUCGGUUUGUCUAA